AUGUCUGAGAAGGCCCAAAACCCCAUGCGGGAGCUCCGCAUCCAGAAGCUCGUCCUCAACAUCUCUGUCGGCGAGUCUGGUGACAGACUGACCCGUGCCGCCAAGGUGCUUGAGCAGCUGUCUGGUCAAACCCCAGUCUACAGCAAGGCCCGUUACACCGUCCGUACCUUCGGUAUCCGUCGUAACGAAAAGAUCUCCGUCCACGUUACCGUCCGUGGCCCCAAGGCCGAGGAGAUUCUCGAGCGUGGCCUCAAGGUCAAGGAGUACGAGCUGCGCAAGCGCAACUUCAGCGAGACCGGCAACUUCGGCUUCGGUAUCAGCGAGCACAUCGAUCUCGGAAUCAAGUACGACCCCGGUAUCGGUAUCUACGGCAUGGACUUCUACUGCUGCAUGACCCGCCCUGGUGAGCGUGUCGUCCGCCGCCGUCGCGCCAAGGGCAGAAUCGGUGCUUCCCACCGCAUCACCCGCGACGACACCAUCAAGUGGUUCAAGCAGCGCUUCGACGCCAUUGUCCGAUAA